AUGACAGACUAUGACAAUUUCAUUCAGUUAUCUAAAUGUAAUGAAACACAUAACCCAUUUACACAACCCAUUGAUUCAAAAAUAGAAGUAUCUAAUACACUAUAUGUUUCUAACUCAACUAAAUUACCAAUAGAUAAAACGUUUGAAAUAAAAAAAGAAGAAGAUAAAUAUGAGGAUAAACAACCAACAAUGGCAUUUGAUGUAUUACAUAAUUGUACACCAUUUAUUAGUAAAUUAUAUUCACUUAUUAAUACACCUGAAUAUCAUUCAUUAAUCCAUUGGAGUGAAGAACAUAAAGGGAAAGCAUUUAUUAUAACAGAUCCUGUUCAGUUUGCAAAAGAGGUAUUACCGUAUCAUUUCAAACAUUCUAACAUUUCGUCUUUUGUUCGUCAAUUAAAUAUUUAUGGGUUUCAUAAAUUAGAAUAUAAAACGGGUAUUUGUUUUAAACACGAAUUUUUUAUUCGUGAUACACCUGAAUUUUUAGAUAAAAUUAAAAGAAAAAAAAAUAAAAAAUUAGUUAUCCCUAAUUCAUUACAUCAGUCUAAUGAAAAUAAUGACGUUUGUAAAAUGUUCUCUUUAAGAAUGGAUAUGACUCGAAUUGAAAAAGAUUUAUUAGAAGUUCGUCAUGAAAUACAAAACAAUUUAGUUAGAUGGUCUGAUCUUAAAAAUAGAUUAGACCAAAUAGAAAUGUUUCUUCCAGUGUUACUUCAAAUGAAUCAAUUCCCACAACAACAAACUCAACAAAAUGACUUUGUUAGAAGAUACCAAGGUUUUGAUGACAAUCAAAGGACUGAUGACCAUCAUUAA